AUGAUGCGCUCUACCAUCCUCCGAUCUACCGCUCCCAUCGCUUCCUCCUCCCUCCGCCCCGCCGUACGCGCCAGCGCCAGUGUCAGGCCUGCCGUUGGUGCUAUUUUCGCCGCUCCCCGUGCGACGACGCCUGUGCAGAGCAGGGGGUAUCAUGCGAAGGUUAUCGAUCAUUAUGAGAACCCUCGUAACGUGGGUAAGAUGCCUAAGGGUGAUCAGGAUGUCGGUACGGGUCUUGUUGGUGCCCCCGCUUGUGGCGACGUGAUGAAGCUCCAAAUCCGAGUCGGCGAAGAUGGCAUCAUCUCCGAAGUCAAGUUUAAAACUUUCGGCUGCGGUUCCGCCAUUGCCUCGUCGUCGUUCAUGACGGAGCAUGUGAAGGGGAUGACGUUGGAGCAGGCGGGGAUGGUGAAGAAUACGGAGAUUGCGAAGGAGCUCUGUUUGCCUCCUGUCAAGUUGCACUGCUCUCUCCUCGCUGAGGAUGCUAUCAAAUCGGCCAUCAAGGACUACCAGUCCAAGCGAAACAAGCGCGUCGUCACUCCCGAGGUGAUCAACGUAUCAACAACGGGUGCGCAGACUGCUACUGCCUAA